AUGGCACCAGAGAUCGUGGCGGGCCCGAUGGAUGCUACGUACCUACAGGGAGACAUGGGGGUUCUCGACUGUGCAGCUGUCGGUAUCCCCUCUCCGGACAUCAAGUGGCUGAAAGAUGGCACCACCAUACCCAUCAUAGCCGUGAUGCACAAUGGCAAUUCCAAGCAGGACCAUCAAGUGUUCAUCAGUGUUCCUGAAACAAUGUGUUAUGAUGCGGAAAGCUUCCAGGAGUUCUACUUCACGCAGGAGCCGAUCGACGUCAUCGUGCUGCGUGAGCGUCCCGCCACGCUCAACUGCUCCGCGCACGGACAGCCGAAGCCGACCAUAGCGUGGAAGCGCGAUGGAGUCUUACUUGACCUCAGCGGCGACAACAGACGCGCUUAUAUCCCUGAACCGGCGUUUCACCACAGUGUUUUACGCUCUGUGCGCUUCAUGAAAGUUCUGGCAGAUACGAUCGGCGGGCUGUCGCGCAACACGCUGUGGAUCAUCAUCGCGUGUGUGGCCGGCGUCAUCUUCAUUGCCGUGCUCGUGCUCUCGCUCGUGCUGUGGCGGCGUUGCUACACGCGCCAGAAGUACACGAAACCUGGAUUCGGCGCACACGUGCAUGCUCACACGAGCACGCACCCGCGCAGCAGCGGCAGCGGUGGCGCCCGCUCAGCGCAAAUGCCCAACUCGAAUCUAACUGAUUAUGCAGGGGUCAUCCCGGGGUCGCGACCUGUGCCGUCGGCCCCGCGCGAUCUCUCCGCCGUUGUUCUGUCGUCGCGCUUCGUCAAGCUGACGUGGAGAGUGCCGACGAACACGUAUGGACCCGUGCUCACCUACUCCGUGUUCUACAGACAGGAGGGGUCGGACAGAGAGCGCGUGCACAACGUGACGGACGUGGCAACGGCAGAGGCUGAGAUCAGCGACUUGUUGCCGGGGACGCCGUACAUCUUCCGAGUCAUCGCCUACAACGUCAACGGUCCCGGCGACACGUCUGCCACCAUCAGCAUACACACGCAGCCAGAGGUGCACCUUCCCGGCGCGCCGCGCAGCGUCAGAGUGCGAGCCACCUCGCCGUACUCUAUGCGAAUCACGUGGCAGCCACCAGAGUUCGCCACCGGCAACGUCACGGGUUACAGGAUAUCGUAUUCGGAGGUGGACAGCGAUGCGGAGAACAUUGUUGAUGUGAAGCUCAUGGAACAACAGUUCCUCGACCUGAAGGCCUACACUGAGUACAUCUUCCGCGUGAUGGCUUCCAACCGCAACGGCAUCGGCGUCAGCUCUCCUGAGAUCAUCGCAAAGACCUACACGGACACACCGAGCGACACGCCGGUCAACGUGACCCUCGAUGUCCAGUCUUCGACCAGCAUCGUCGUCUCCUGGCACCCGCCUCCCGCCGGCACUCGCAACGGCAUCAUCACCGGCUACAAGAUCCGCUACAAGCGUCGCGGCGGCAAGCGCGGCGAGACGGUGACGACGGACGGCAACCGGCGCGUGUACGCGCUCGAGCAGCUGCAGCGCGGCGCCCCCUACGCCGUGCGCAUCUCGGCGAUGACGGUCAACGGCACGGGGCCGGCGACCGAUUGGCUCGUCGCGGAGACGUUCACGAACGAUCUCGACGAGUCGACGGUGCCGGGCGAGCCCGAGUCGAUACAGCUACGCGCUACCGACACCACGAUCACGGUGACGUGGGCGCCGCCGCGCGACCGCACCGUCAUGGUGCGCACGUACACGAUCGGCUACGGCAUCAGCGUGCCGGACGUCUACGAGAAGGUGCUCGACACGAAGAACCAGCGCGCGUUCACCAUCGAACACCUGCGGCCGCAGAGCAUGUACAUCGUCAGCAUCCGCGCGAACAACAACGUCGGGCCGGGCCCGCCCGCCUACGAGACGAUCCACACGCAGAAGGCGCGCCCGCUGCUGCCGGAGACGCCGCUGGACCCGCCGCACGGGCUGCGCGCCGAGGUGCUGUCGCCAAACUCGGUGGUGCUCAUGUGGGACGAUCACACGCUGCCCGUGAAGACGAAGCACGCGAUCGAUGGACGCAUCUACACGAUCCGCUACCGGACAGGCGGCGGCCGAUUCAAGUAUCAGAACUCGACCGAUCUGACGACGGUUACCGACGGCCUCACGCCCAACACCCAGUACGAGUUCUCCGUGAAGGUCACCAAAGGUCGCCGCUCGUCCGCCUACAGCAUGGUCAUCUUCAACGUGACACAGGAAGAUACUCCGCACACUGCGCCUCGCGAUCUCACCAUUGUACCCGUCGAAAACAACCCGACAGCGAUCAACCUCAACUGGCAACCACCCAAGGUGCCCAACGGACAGAUCACAGGUAAUCACGCUGUCGUGCUGGUGGGCCCGGCAGUGAAACCGCAGCCGGUCAACAGUCCAUACAAGAAGCCGACGGUGAUCGUGAAUAGCACUCCGAGCAGUGCGCAGGCAAGUGGCUCCAUCUAUAACAAGCCGCGCAUGAGUCCGAUGCCGGUGGUGAUGCCGCGGGCGCCGGACGGCGGAAUGUUGCCGGCGGAUUUCCGACCGCCACGGGCCGAGGACCCGGAAAAGAUCAACAAUGAUGCACCCAAUAAGUCCUCCAGCAUUGAAGACAUCUCGCAGGAGAUCACGAACCUGGAGAGUCUCGUGAAGGACCUCAACGCCAUCACCGCCUCCGAGUUUGAGUGCUAGAGGGCAGCAGCGUCAACUAUAGAGGGC